UUUCCAUUUCAAUCAUAUUACGCGUGUUUUCUGAGAACGCAGCUUGAUAUACGUUUACAUGAACUUCGAGAAUUAAUUGACCACGAGUACGUCCUUUCAAAACGUAAAUAAUUUCUAGUCCAUAGGUGUGUUUUACAUAACACAGGAUAUGAAAAAAACGACGCAAACAAAAAAAGCAAAAACUAAAGUUGUUAAGCGUGGUACGAAACAGAUCAAAUUCACGUUAUCGCAGUAUAAGACUAAGAGUAAGCUAGUAAAAGGAAGGAGAAAGUCAUUCCUUAAAUGUUUAAGUAUGUAUUCUCAAUCUACAAAGACCAAAAAUGAUUGUGGACCUUCGUCGAGUGCACGUUCGUUACGCGAUAAACAGUUACCUUCGCAAUCUGGUGUAAAUCGAAAAAAGAAAAAGUCACCCACCACUGUCAAAGGAUCUGCUGCUAAAGCAAAAGAUUCUAUGGAUUUUUCCUCAAAGUUGAGCGAUGACUCAAGAGAUGCAAGGUCAGCCAGAGAUAAAGAUCGCAAGAAGUAUUGCAAUAGCACAAAAGAACAAAGAAACUUAGGUUCGCCUGUAGUGGUUGAAACAUUUUUAGAAUCGAUAUCUUCGCUGAACAUACCAAAAAUAUUGACACAGAAUCAGAUAGCAAAAAUGGAAAACAAUAGUUGCAACUAUAACCUUUCCUAUACACAAAGUAUCAGCUCGCAAAAGAAUGAAACUUCUAUCAUUGUUGCUCAAUCGUUAAAUCCAAAUAGUAUUCCCGGUAGCUCAAAAAAAGUUACCAAGAGAACAUCAUUAUCAAAAAAUAAUUGUAAACAAUGGAAAAACAAGGCACCAUUAGAGGAUGUAAAUGUUAAUGUUACGGAUAGUGCAUGGGAUUUUAAUGAAAGAACUCUUGUACAAUGUCUUGAAAAUAUAAGAUUCGAUACUAUGGAUGAAGACAGCAGUAUAUUGAAAGCAAAGACUGUACCUGCUAUUAUGAAAAAGAAAAGGAACAGUAUUCUUGAUGAGCAGUGUCAGUUACAAUUUUUUUGUUUAAAAAACAGGGUUGUUGUUGUGAUGCCAGAAAAGACAAAACUCUGCUUCACUGGUAAACUAGUUUUGAAAGUACUGCACGGAGCAGUAGAGGUUUUUGGAUACUUGAUUACAACAGAGUCAAAACCUGCUGAAAUUUACUCUCCUAGAGGAUAUAGCAGCGUUUCGAUCCAAACGAGUCAAAAAUUUUUGCGAGAUAACCAGCCAGACAUUUGGUCGUUGCUUAACGCCGAAGGUAUUACUCGAGACACGAGGAACAAGUUGGUCGAGGUUAUAGAAAACAUUCAAUCCGGCACGACGGUCAUUUUAUUGUCCAUUUUAAAAAACGAAUUGACGAAGUUCUUGAGCGACUUUUAUCCAUACAAACUGUUUCCAAAAAUUCAAAAUAUAUCGUAUCAGUCUUGGACCGAUCCAAAAAGAGCCGAGGUGAUACUGCAGUCGCAUCUUUACGUCGAUAGAUACCCUUUCAAAGAGUUGAUCGUCGAUCAAUGUGUGAUGCAAGAUCUUAGCGAGAAUAUGUUGAAUCGUUGGCUCGCGAACGAAUGGUCGUGCACUUUGAUUGCUGGUGGUAAAAACGUUGGAAAGUCCACUACCACGCGUUGUCUGAUUAACAGUCUAUUGCCUGUUUCUAAAAUGGCGGUUCUCGUGGACGUAGACGUCGGACAAACGGAAUGUACACCGCCAGGUUGUAUAUCGUACAGCUUAAUAGAGACGCCACUAAUGGGGCCAAAUUUCACACAUUUAAUUACUCCGGUCUUCCAAUUGUACAUUGGCGACGUUCAAGUGGUGCCAUGCAUCACGCGAUAUAUGGAGGGAAUGAAAAUGAUGAUCGAGAAAUUGAAGAGUUGUCCUGUUUUGUCGCGUUUACCGAUCGUCGUGAACACAAUGGGUUUUACCCGAUUUAUCGGAUGGGAUAUAAUUUUAUUUACAAUAAAAUUAAUUCAACCCACUUUGGUGGUACAAAUUACAUCGGAGAAUGCAAAGAAUAAUUAUGUUGGUUUCUUGAACAAAGAAACUAUAAACAAUCAGGUACAUCCACCUGCUUCUUGGAGUAGGGAUAUAAUUGAUUAUAGCCGACCGUGCGACCACGAGUUAUACGUGGUUAAUUCUAUGGCCGAGCGUCAAAAUUUUGCAAAAAAUGAGACCAGAAGCAUGGAGCCUUAUCAACAGCGAGAACUCGUAAUGGUUUCUUACCUGAGCAGGAUCAUGCGGAGCCCUAUGAAUUCUAUAUCGUAUUACGAUGCCGUAUCUUCAGGUAUUAAUGAUGCUGUGCCAUAUAUGAUACCCUUUUCCUCGUUGUUCAUUUCAAUUCCACGGGCGUACGUGUCACCCACACACGUUUUAAACGUAGUGAAUGGUAACAUAGUCGCUCUUUGUGGGUUUGACGAGGAAGGUGACGAAUCGCAACCGAUUGUUCCGUCUAAUUUGCGAGUAUUAAACAAAGCACCUCUUUGCACUUGUUACGGUUUUGGAAUCGUUAGGGGUGUUGACAUGGAACGUGAAGAAAUAUUCAUAAGCACACCAUUACCACUUUCCACGAUGCAGCAUGUAAAUUGUUUGACAGGAUGCGUACCGGUGCCAAGUGCAUUGUUGCAAUUAAAUCAACACAGGAAUGCACCUUACACCGGUGAAAACGAUGUUUUACCGACCAGUCGAGAGCCCCGUAGAGGAUAUUUCCGUAUGAGGCCACAAGUGCAAAAUAAUUCCUAACGAGUCUUCGAAGAAUUUUAUUUACAUCGGUGAGAGGCGCUGUACAUACCAACGACAUUUAUUUGACUUAAAAAAUAAAAAGAAAACAAACGAUAAAAAUGGAAAACAAAAUUGAGGAGAACUUAAUUUUACAAAAUUUUCGUUUCGCUAUGUUACUUCGAUCUAGAUAAAAUUUCUAUUUGAUUCGUGAUCGUUAUGUUUUGUCUUCUGGGUCUAGCCAUAGACAUUU